AUGAGUAAGAGACGUCGAGCUUCAUCAGUUGCUAGUCGAGGUGCAGAUGGUGAUGAUAGUGACGAUGGUGUAGAACUAAGUAAUCCUGGACCACCGCCAUCACGCAAAAAGAAGAAGUUAGAACCGAGCGAAAUAUGCCAACAAUUGUAUGACACUAUACGUUCAUAUAAGAAAGAGGACGGUUCUCUUUUAUGCGACUCUUUUAUUCGAGCACCGAAGAGACGUCAAGAACCACAAUAUUAUGAAGUGGUGUCACAGCCUAUUGACUUACUGAGGGUUCAACAAAAACUUAAAACGGAUACAUAUGAGGAUAUAGAAGAGUUGUCAGCAGAUAUUGAACUACUUGUAAAUAAUGCGAAAGCCUUCUAUAAACCCGAUUCUAUAGAGUAUAAAGAUGCAACUGAUUUAUGGAAGCUCUACACCCAUAAUAGACAGUUGCUUGAGAAUGGCGAGGAGGUUAAAACACCAAAAGUAUCACGUAAUGGAUCAUCAAGUAGGCGUUCGGAUGUAGCUGAAGACUUAUCGGAGACAUCUACCAACAAUGAGGAUGACAAUGUUUUUGAGGAGUUGUUUAAUGCUGUGAUGUCUGCUAAUGCGGAUGGCAGACCAUUGUACCCCGCUUUCCAAUUUCUGCCAUCGAAGCGUCGAUACCCAGAAUACUUCAGUGUGAUCGAAUCGCCAAUAGAUCUGAAGACAAUAGCGCAGAAAAUCCAGGCUGGCGAGUACUCAAACCUGACAGAAUUGGAGAGAGAUCUUCUUCUUAUGGUCAGGAAUGCUUGUCAUUUCAAUGAGCCUGGAAGUCAGAUAUAUAAAGAUGCAAAAGCAUUGAAGAAGGUGAUACAAGUGAGAAAGCAAGAGAUCGACCAGCACGGUAGAAGCGGUCCAGCGAAGACCUCCGAGAGGAUCAGGAGCAAGCGUUCUUCGCGCGUGGGUCCGGUGCCCAGCAGCCGCGCCCUGGCCAUCAUGGACCCGCCCGGCUCCGAGACGGAGACCGAUGUGAAAGUGUACAAUUUUCAGCACUCCGAAGACAGUGCCGGCGAUAGUGACGAGGAGAAAGUUGAAAACGAAGACUCGCCACAAUGGAAGCUACUAGAGACUGUCAAGAAUCACCUCGGAUCCAAUGGCACACCAAUGGCGGAGCCGUUCUGGAAGCUUCCAUCGCGACGCGCCUACCCGGACUACUACAAGGAGAUCAAGAAUCCCGUGUCCCUCAACCAGAUAAAGAACAAAAUUCGCAGGGGCAACUACGGAACUCUGUCAGAGGUGGCAGGCGACAUGAACAUUAUGUUCGAAAACGCCAAGCAGUACAAUGUACCCAGCUCUAGACUGUACAAGGACGCCGUCAAGUUGCAGAGGUUAAUGCAACAACGCGUACAAGAACUAUUGGAUAUAGUGCAAAGUUCAUCAAGCGACGACGAGAGCCUUUCUUCUGUGAAGAAUCAGACGCAAGUUGCUACGCCCAGACCGAGAGGCCGCCCGCGUUUGAACCCCGUACCGGCGACAGCCCCGUCACCAGUCACCACGCCUUCAGUGCCCAAGUCGAACCUGCCUCUGAAGAAGAAGCUGCACUACAUCGCCAAGCAGCUGGUCGAGUUCACGUGCUCGGACGGCAGGCAGCCGAUGCUGCUCUUCAUGGAGAAGCCCAGCAAGAAACUGUACCCAGAGUACUACAACGUGAUCGACAGGCCGAUAGACAUGAUCACUAUAGAGUCUAACAUCAAGAGCGACCGCUACAGCAGCGUGGAGGAGAUGGUUUCCGAUUUUCGCCUAAUGUUCUCGAACUGUCGCCAAUUCAACGAAGAGGGCUCCAUGAUAUACGAGGACGCGAAUCUUCUGGAGCGAUACAUGAACGAGAAGCUGAGAGAGCUGAACAGCAGCUACGAGAAGAAGACUCCGCUAAAAGCGUUCAAGGCGGUUAAGUCUAGGCAGCUGUCGCCUUUCGAACAGAAGUUGAGGACUCUGUACGACGCCAUCCGAGACUAUAGAGAUCCUAAAGCCAACCGCCAACUGGCGCUGAUCUUCAUGAAGCUGCCGAGCAAGACUGAGUAUCCGGACUACUACGAGCUAAUCAAAAACCCCAUCGACAUGGAGAAGAUAGCACACAAGCUCAAGAACGGCAUCUACAGCUCCGUGAACGAGCUAGCGUCGGACUUCAUACUGAUGUUCGACAACGCCUGCAAGUACAACGAGCCCGAUUCACAGAUAUACAAGGACGCGCUCAUCCUGCAGCGGGUGUGCCUGCAAACGAAACAGCUGUUGAGGGAGGAUGACGAUGCGGUCCCAGAUGUGCCAGCCGCCGUUCAAGAUUUGCUCCUGAACUUGUUCACCUCGGUUUAUAACCACCAGGAUGAAGAGGGCAGAUGCUACUCGGAUAGCAUGGCCGAACUGCCCGAACACGACGAAACAUCGAGCGGCGAAAAGGUCCGCGCCAUAUCCUUGGAUUUGGUGAAACGUCGCCUCGACAAAGGGCUGUACAAGCGCCUGGAUCACUUCCAGCAGGAUAUGUUUGCCGUUUUUGAGAGGGCGCGCCGCCUCUCGCGCACCGACAGCCAGAUCUUCGAGGACUCGCUGGAGAUGCAGUCGUACUUCACGGAGCAGCGCGACCAGCUCUGCCGGGGGGUGCUGCAGUCGCCGGCGCUGGCCUUCACCAGGGACGCCAUCGCCACCAGCGUCGAGCUGGUCAAGCAGUGCAAGAUGCUGCGCGAGAACGACGAGGAGGAGGAGACGAGAUCGAGUACCGACGAUUCCUUGCCCGCCGGCGGGGCGCCUCUGCAGACCCAGUACAACAAGGGCGACUUUGUUUACAUUCAGCCGGAGAAAGGCAACAAGGAACCGGCCAUCGUGCAAGUGGAGCGCGUCUGGACCAACAACGAAGGCGUUCCAAUGAUGUACUGCAACCCCUAUUUCAGGCCUCAAGAGACGUUCCACGUGCGCACGCGCAAAUUCCUGCAGCAGGAGGUGUUCAAGACCGAGACACACCGCACUGUGCCCCUCGACCACGUGCUCGGCCGCUGCUACGUCAUGAACGUCAAGGAGUACUUCAAGUUCCGGCCGGAAGGAUACGCCGACAAGGACGUAUACGUAUGCGAGAGCCGCUACAACACGAAACACCGUUGGUUCAAGAAGAUCAAGGUCUGGGAGGGCGCGGAGAAGGAAGCCACGCUCACUCCUAGAGAUGUGGCCUUGGAGCCGAAUAGAACAGUGUCAGUCUUCCGCGAGCGUAUCGAGAAGCACAAGGACGAGCUUGCCGAGCUGGAGGUGUUGGAGAAUAUCCAGGAGAAGGAUAGACCGGACGUGGUGAUGUACAACCCGCUGGGGACGGACGACGAGAACACCUACUACGAGCAGUACAACACCGUGUGCUCCGGGGUGAUAAAAACCGGCGACUACGUGUACGUGGUGACGGACGGCGGCAAGCAGAUGAUCGCGCAAGUGGACACCAUAUGGGAGACGGGAGACAAUAAAUGCUACUUCCGCGGUCCGUUCCUCAUCUUCCCGGCGGAGGUGGCUAACAUCAUUAACAAGCCAUUCUACAAGCAAGAAGUGCUGUUGACGACGAUGCACGACACCAGCCCCCUGGUGGGCAUUGUGGGCAAAUGCGCUGUACUCGAUUACGAUGACUAUCUCAAGUGCCGGCCCACGGAGAUCGCUGAGAGCGACGUGUACGUCUGCGAGUCGGUGUACGACGAGUCCAACCGCGUCGCGAGGAAGCUCAAGACCGGCCUGAGGAAGUUCGAGCACACCAAGGACGUGACCGUCGACGAGAUCUACUUCUUCCCGAAACCGUUGGGCCCGCCCGCUCUGGCGACCGCCCAGGAAGUGCAGUCCUCGUCCAGUGCAUUCUCUCAGAAACCUUUCAAUCCCAACGUCAACAUGGAUUCAAUGGAUGGCAAGCCUCAGUUCACAAAUCUCAUCAACACGACUAUAGGCAGUCAAGACGUGGAGAUGAUUCUGGAAAAUUCUUUGGACGACUCGUCAUUGGCAUCGCCAGCUACGCCCCUAUCUAUAGGCGGUAACAGCAACCCGUACAAUCCGUCCAUGACACCGUCGACCGGCAACGAGCGUUCCAACCCCACCACGGCCACGCCCGCCAGCAGCAAGAAGAAGAAGGAACAGAAGCAGAAGAUUGUCACCGGCUACAUUCUGUACUCCAGCGAAGUCCGCAAGGCGAUCGUCGCCAACAACCCCGAGUCGACGUUUGGUGAGAUAUCGCGAAUCGUCGGCAACGAAUGGCGCUCCCUGCCGGCCGCUACUAAGCAGAGCUGGGAGGAGAGGGCAGCGCGUUGCAACGAGGAGACCUCCGCCCGCUUAGCGGACGAGAUGCGAGAGCUCUCUCAGCACACUCAAAUGGAGAUGACUUACGAGUGCGCUUGGGACACUUGCGAUUACCAAUUUGAAGAUCUAACCGACUGCAUGGAACAUUGUAUUGGAGAUGGUGGAAACAGUGCACAUGCGGGGCGGAUGAUGCUAGUCAAAAGUAUUAAGCUAGUGAAGCGUAUAAGGCUAGUGAGGCCUAUGAGGCUAGUGUGGCGUACGAGGCUAGUGUGGCGUACGAGGCUAGUGUGGACGUAUGAGGCUAGUGUGACGUAUGAGGCUAGUGUGACGUAUGAGGCUAGUGUGACGUAUGAGGCUAGUGUGACGUAUGAGGCUAGUGUGACGUAUGAGGCUAGUGUGGCGUAUGAGGCUAGUGUGGCGUAUGAGGCUAGUGUGGCGUAUGAGGCUAGUGUGACGUAUGAGGCUAGUGUGGCGUAUGAGGCUAGUGUGACGUAUGAGGCUAGUGUGGCGUAUGAGGCUAGUGUGGCGUAUGAGGCUAGUAUGACGUAUGAGGCUAGUGUGGCGUAUGAGGCUAGUAUGACAUAUGAGGCUAGUGUGGCGUAUGAGGCUAGUAUGACGUAUGAGGCUAGUGUGGCGUAUGAGGCUAGUGUGGCGUAUGAGGCUAGUAUGACGUAUGAGGCUAGUGUGGCGUAUGAGGCUAGUAUGACAUAUGAGGCUAGUGUGGCGUAUGAGGCUAGUAUGACGUAUGAGGCUAGUGUGGCGUAUGAGGCUAGUAUGACAUAUGAGGCUAGUGUGGCGUAUGAGGCUAGUGUGGCGUAUGAGGCUAGUGUGGCGUAUGAGACUAGUAUGACGUAUGAGGCUAGUGUGACGUCUGAGGCUAGUGUGGCGUAUGAGGCUAGUGUGGCGUAUGAGGCUAGUGUGGCGUAUGAGACUAGUAUGACGUAUGAGGCUAGUGUGACGUAUGAGGCUAGUGUGGCGUAUGAGGCUAGUGUGACGUAUGAGGCUAGUGUGACGUAUGAGGCUAGUGUGGCGUAUGAGGGC